CUUUUCGUUCCCACUUCUUCGCGUUUCAAAUCCACUUCUACCAAUUUCUCCAAAACAUUUCCUGAUCAAAUUCUGCCAAAAUGGUUGUCCAUGCUAUCAAGACGCCUGCUGAAUUCACCGAGAAGGCCAUCAACUCUGAGAAGCAAGUCGCAGUCAUGUUCUUCGCGGAUUGGUCCACUCCUUGCAAGGUGAUGCGCCUUGCCCCCGAGAAGCUCAGUGAGGAAUACCCGUCCAUCGAAUUCUACAAUGUAAAUGUUGACGACCUUGACCAACUCUCUACUGAUUGGGGUGUUACUUCAUUUCCUACUUACCUCUUCUUCAAAGACGGUGCACAACUCGAUAACUUCACUGUCCGUGGUGCCUUCACCAAGAAUGUUAUUGAUGUUCUCGAAGACAUGUCUCAAAGUGGUGAUGAACAGGUAUAA